GAAAGCUCUCAUCAUAACAACGUGUUCUCUUCAUAUUUCAGCUGUUUCCACUUCAACUAUACAUCUUUUUGUCUAGAAAGUAAAAAAGGUAAACACUAUGGUUCAUUAUAUCAUAGUUAUUACUCUUCUAGCCCUUGGCCUUGCCCCCCAUUGUUUGUCUUCCAAGACAGUUGGAGGAGGAUACCUUUACCCUCAGUUUUACGAUCAUUCAUGUCCCAAAGCUCAAGAGAUUGUGAGAAACGUUGUUGCCAAAGCUGUUGCAGGGGAACCUCGUAUGGCUGCUUCAUUGCUUAGGCUACACUUCCACGACUGCUUUGUUAAGGGCUGUGAUGCAUCGAUUUUGUUAGACAGCAGCGGGAGCAUUAUCAGCGAAAAGAGGUCGAAUCCAAACAGGAACUCAGCUAGAGGAUUCGAAGUGAUAGAUGAGAUCAAAGCUGUAAUGGAGAAAGAGUGUCCUCAUACAGUGUCAUGUGCUGAUAUUAUGGCUUUGGCUGCUAGAGAUUCUACCGUUCUCACAGGUGGGCCUAGCUGGGAAGUCCCUCUUGGAAGAAGGGAUGCCAGAGGUGCAAGCUUGAGUGGCUCUAACAACAACAUUCCUGCUCCAAACAACACAUUCCAAACAAUUCUCACCAAGUUUAAGCUACAAGGCCUAGACAUUGUUGAUCUUGUUGCACUUUCUGGGAGCCACACAAUAGGAAAUUCCCGAUGCACCAGUUUCAGGCAGAGACUAUACAACCAAUCAGGCAAUGGACAACCAGACAACACACUUGACCAAUCCUAUGCUUCUCAGCUGCGCAGGAACUGUCCAAGAUCAGGCGGCGACCAGAACCUGUUUUUCUUAGAUUUUGUUAGCCCCAUAAAGUUCGACAACAGCUACUUCAAGAACUUAUUGGCUAACAAGGGACUGUUGAACUCUGACCAAGUUUUGUUCACAAAGAAUGGUGAAUCAAGGGAGUUAGUGAAGACAUAUGCUUAUAACCAGGAACUCUUCUUUCAGCAAUUCGCUAAGUCCAUGAUUAAGAUGGGGAAUAUUUCACCGUUGACAGGGUAUAGGGGUGAGAUCAGACAGAAUUGCAGGAAAAUUAACGCUUAAAAUCAUCAAGUGAUAAUUAUAUGAAUAAAGUUUGUAUUCCUGUUUGUCAUGUUAUUUUGGUUUCCUUGUAUUGAAUUAAUUAAUAAAAGAAUUUCAUUUGUGUGUA